AAACCUCUUAGCGGCUGAGAGAAAACGAACGGCUCGGUUGGAGAAGCUGCGGUUGUCAAGUCGAGAGAUGGUUGAACGGGCAAAGUUGAGAGCAAAACAACAUCGGUUGAAUGACAUGGCUAUCCAAGGCGGAGAGCCAUUGACCAAAAACUCCUUAAAAGUGAGAAGAGAAGGAUGGCACUCCAACGAAGAAGCAAGAGUCAGCUUAUGAAGCAAAAAUUAAUAUUGCCUCAUGACCAAUUGGCUCCUAUGACAAGUCUACCAUUGCAGGCUUACAAGCGAUUGCAAAUAGCUAUCCAAGUAUUUCGAAAAUUUCGACUCAAGCGGGUCGAGAAACAGGAUUUUCAAGAACUGGUCGGUAAAUUGAAAGACCCUGAAUUAAUUACAGCCGCUGGGACGGUGUUGGCUCAAGGCCAGACAAAAGUGGAUAAGAGGAAGGCUCGUACCUUUUUGACUGCCUUCAUGACAGUAUCGAGCCCCAGCGCUAUUUUACUUGAUAUUGAAAGCAAACAGGAGCAGUCAUUGCUGCAAGCUGCAAAAACGCUAUUGCACGCAUUUCAAGAAUGGCUAGAGGCUGCCCAUACCAAUAAGUUUGACUCAAAGUGGUACGCUUUUGAAGACUGUUGGAACUCGUAUUACGCACUGUUCGAAGCUUGGAAGUCAAAAGAUGUUGAAAAACUGGUGGAUAAUUUAAUUACACAUUACAUUGAAUUGGAGCGACUCUGGGACACGCUUGGUAAAGAAGCCGACAAUGCCAGUGAGAUACGGUCUCAGCUCGACGAACAACAACUGCAAAUAUCGCAAAAGCUACUCAAAGUCGGUGGACCGCAGGCACAGCAAAAGCUUGACACCGCCAAAAAGACCAUCGAAUUGGCUAGAGAAGAAGCUCAGAAGCGUUCUCAACGUGAACGCGCCGAUUCUGUUCUAAGCAUUCCAUCGUCACCUACGCCAAGAGCCGAGAAGGCUCAUCAAGCAGCCACCACCUCCGAGUCUUCCGCCAGCCACACAUCAUCCCAUAGUGAUGAUCUUGCUAGAAUACUUGGUAGCUUUUCGCCAGCCGUUGGGAUUACUAAUGAACAGCUGGCCCACGAAGUCGUUAUGAACCCCGACUUCAAACUCGAGAAGAAUGGCAAGUCCGAACUUGUGGAUCAAGUGAGAGACAUUGCCACCAAAGCGUUCUUUGAUUCUAUGCGAGAAGAUUUUGCCAACAAAAAUUAUCAGAGAUGGAUCCCUGGCCUUGUUGGAGAUAUGAAACAGCGAUUAUUGUCACUAGCUCCAGCCACCUCAAAGAUUCAUCAGGAUGUGAACGACACUCUGGAUUUGGCUCUCAUUGCUCAACAGAUCAACGCCGAAACGUACAACGUAGAUAAUACCGUCCACUUUGUUAUACGCACCAUGGAGAAACUGUGUGCCCCAGUACGAGACGACGCUGUUCAUGCCAUCUCCAGUGCUGGCGAUCUUGCUGAUACAUUCCGAGCUAUUUUGGAGCUGCUGGAUCAAAUGAAUUUGGAUCUGGCCAACUAUCGAAUUCAAGCCCUUCGACCCUAUUUGAAAGAUAUCAGUAUUGAAUAUGAAAGGGAAAAGUUUUCAACAGCACUCAUGAAUGGCAAAAUUGGGCUUGUUAAAACGCGAGAUUGGUUGAGAACAGCUAGUUCAUCCCUCCAAGGGAUCGCAGGUCAACGUAAUCCGGAAGGCGUAGAGGAUGCUGAAAGCAACAUCAAAUUUACAGACAUCUACAACGAAGCCCUGGCGUCUCUCCUUUCAUCUAGCGAAGCUCUAUUGCCAGACACUUGUCCUGAGACCUUGCUUUUGGAUGUCGAGCGCAUAACUGGCUACCAAAAUGAGGCACAAGCCAUCACUAUAGUCGCAGCAUUGCUAAUGCUGACAAAGAACUUUUCGUCUACGGAUGAAUCGAAUCGACACCGAACGUCAAGCUCAGCCAUGAAAGUUCUUCGAGACAAAUUAUUUGUUCUCUUGGAAGCAAAGGACACCACUGUCGAGAAUUUAUCGCUGCAAGUUAUUCAGAGCAUUCAGGAGCUAUCGGAUGUGAAUUUUGAAGAAUUGCCUGAAGACAAACAGAAACUUAUUCGUACCAUGGUCGCGAAGACACUGUCUUAUAAGGACACCGUGUAUUCACUACUUUCCCGACGGCUUCUCUCCAUCAUUCGGUCCCAUUUACAGCAUAGUCAAUUCAGCAGCAAUGAAACCCUCAACAGUUAUGGUUUUGGUCUGGUUCGCAGCAAACUGGAGAAGUUGAGCUUCAAGAUGUUUAUUCUUGCUCGUCAUAACCGAGAUGUAUAUGCACGUUGGUACGACGAGAUCAUUGGUGAUAUAACACGUACUGUGUAAUUUGUAAUUGUAGCUAUUGAAUCUUAAUAUUGAAUAAUUAGUAAACCGCAGUCAAGCAUUCAUGUAUAAUAAAGCACUGCAGAAAUUAAGUCAA